GCGAACGCAGCAUAGACCAGUCCUUCGGAAGUACGGAAAACGUGAAAACGGUGUGCGCGCGCGUUCUCGUUUCGAAUCUCGGUGUUUCCUCCGCUGUUACGGAACGGUGACGGAGUGACGCCCGGUCUUGCCCAAUGGCCCCAAUCAAUCGGUGCGUUUUGGGAAGGUAAUGAAUUUUCUAUGAGCGCACUAUAAUUGCGUUGUGGAGUUUUGAGAAUCCAUGGAUUGAGUUUGAAGUAGUGAAAUUUGCGGUUUAUGUGACCUCAGCAUUAGUUAACAAUAAUAUAGCUAAUAAUAACAGCAACAGUGAUGUCAAAGGAUAAUCCGUCGAUCAGCAGCGAGGAAAUUCAUCGCCAGAGUCCAAUAAGUGGGAGCAGUUCAGGACUGGAAGACAAGAGAACCCAAGUUAGACAAGGACACUGUAAGUGGUUCAACGUGGUCAAAGGAUGGGGAUUUAUCAUACCGGACGACGGCGGGCAGGAAGUGUUUGUUCAUCAGAGUGCCCUCCAAAUGGAGGGCUUCCGAUCGUUGGGGGAAAAUGAACGGGUUGAAUUUGAAUCCAAGCUGACGGAUAAGGGCUACGAAGCAACCAAAGUAUACGGACCAUCUCAAAGUCAGUGCGUAGGAAGCACUUUCAGGCCAGGCGUCAAAAGGAGAUUUAGGAAAAUAAGAUGUUAUAACUGUGGCGAGUUUUCCGACCAUAUUUCUCAGACCUGCUCUCUGGCUCCUCUUCCGAAACGAUGUCAUCACUGCAAAUCGGAAGAUCAUCUCGUAGCGGAUUGUCCAAAUAAACCUCCGACGUUACGACGCCCAAAGUCUUCACACCAAACACCGAUGGCGCCACACGAUGUGGGUAGUACAUCGGACCAGUAAGCAUAGCGCCACCGCUAGAGUGUGUGUCUACGCUGCACCACUGACCUCGAAACAUUACCGUAGUACAAACGCAAACCAACGAAUAUCCUACCUCACCGUUAAAUGACUACAAGCAUAGUUCCAGUUCCCAAGGACAAACAAGGAAACAAUAUUACCUGCGCUUAGAUGGGGGUUACUUUUAUUGCCCUCCUACGCAUUGCCAAAUGACUUUUUAUGGCGUAGAUUUUGCGCUAUAGAUUAAGAUUAUGGAAAAUAAUUAUUAUUUUCGUCGGGGUUAGAAAUAUUAACGAUAGGUAGCAGCAGUCUCGCAAACAGAAUAAACUGAAAUAACGUGAACAAUAAAUAAAACGAGAUGAGUAUUAAAUGAGUGCAUGUGUAAAUAGAGAGUAUGUGCAAUUCUGCAAAUACAGUUUGAGUGGGGAUUGACCGAGGAUUUAGCUUAUCCGUGUAUGUGCAGCAUCAUUCAUAUCAGUAACGAAGAGUUGUAUACUUCUUCUAAACCCUUGGAACAAUACAUUCUGGUAUUUUCUAAUCCCUGAACACCACACAAUUAUAGGCAAUAGCUGAG